CAACACAAAACAAAAGCCUUCACAUAUAGCCCUUCUCAUAUAUAGUAGAACAAUGUCAACUCAACCCUUGGCCCUUCCCUCUUCCCCUCCAAAUACAACCUGCAAAACUAUCCGUCGACCCACAUCCAGUUAUCACCCCAGUCUUUGGAAGGAUUAUUUUCUCCAACAUUCUUCAAAUUCCAUGAAAAAUGAACCCACAACAGAAGGAGAAUAUGAUGAACUGAAGCAACAAGUAAGGAGAAUGCUAACUGAUGCUACCACCAUUGACCUUUCAAAGAAAUUGCAUUUAAUUGAUAUGGUUCAACACCUAGGCAUUGCUUACCAUUUUGAGAUAGAAAUUGAAAAUGCCUUAGAGAAGAUAAAUCUUGGUGAUGCUAAUUAUUUUGAAUCUAACCUUUAUACGAUUGCUCUUGGGUUUCGAUUGCUUAGACAACAAGGAAUCAAAGUUUCAUCUGAAAUAUUCAAGAAAUUCAUGGAUGAGAAGGGAAAAUUCAAGGAAGAUGUAAUAAAUGAUGUGCUUGGAAUGUUGAAUCUAUAUGAGGCUGCACAUCUUCGUCUUCAUGGAGAAGAUAUCCUAGAUGAAGCUUUAGCUUUCACUACCUCUCACCUUGAAUCAAUGGCAACAAAAGUAAGCCCUCUACUUGCUGAACAAAUAGCCCAUGCCCUAAACCGCCCCAUCCAAAAAGGCUUACCAAGAAUUGAAGCAAGGCAUUACAUCUCUCUAUACUCUAGAGAAACACAUUUUGCUUCCUCUAAUGCAGCACUAGUUAGAUUUGCAAAGAUAGAUUUCAAUAUGGUACAAGCAUUGCAUCAAAAAGAAAUAAGUGGAAUUACAGAGUGGUGGAAAAACUUGGAUUUUUCAACAAAGCUACCAUAUGCAAGGGAUAGAGUUGUGGAGUGCUAUUUUUGGAUAAUGGGAGCUUACUUUGAACCCAAAUACUCCCUUGCAAGGACAUUUCUAACUAAAGUAAUAAGCAUGACAUCUAUCUUGGAUGAUACAUAUGACAACUAUGGGACCAAUGAAGAACUUGAGCUCUUGACCAAGUGUGUUGAAAGGUGGGACAUUGAUAUGAAAAAAACAAUGAAAGCUUACCUUGAUGAAGCCAAGUGGUGCCAAGAGGACUAUGUUCCAACUAUAGAGGAGUAUAUGCAGGUUGCCCUCGUUUCCUCUGGUUAUCCAAUGCUCAUAACAAAUUCCUAUGUUGGCAUGGGAGAAAUUGCAACCAAGGAGGCCUUUGAUUGGAUCUCUAAUGACCCUAAAAUACUUAAAGCUUGCGCAACUAUCUGUAGACUCAUGGAUGAUAUUGUCUCACAUGAGUUUGAGCAAACACGAGAUCAUGUUGCAUCAGGUGUUGAAUGCUAUAUGAAGCAAUAUGGUGUUUCAAGGGAAGAGACUGUGAAGUUGUUUCGGGAAGAUGUUGCAAAUGCUUGGAAAGAUAUUAAUGAAGGGUUCAUGAAACCAACAAUCUUUCCUAUGCCUAUACUCAUUGUGGUUCUAAAUUUUGCUCGUGUGGUAGAUUUCAUAUAUAAAGACGAUGAUAGCUAUACAAACUCUCACACUUUGAAGGCUCAUAUUGACUUGUUGCUGGUGGAUCCUGUUAUUUUGUGAAGGAUUAUUGAUCCCUAGAAAUCCAUUUAAAUAAUUCUAUAGCUUGUUAUAUAGCUUGAAGGUAAUGUGUGGGAUUGUUUUAUAUUUUGUUUUGUAAUGUAUGAGACUGUUCGUAAUGUGCUUCGUUUAUUAAAAGUUUGCUAAUUAAUAAAAGUGCCUUAUUGAA